GUAAUCGACCAUUGUGCUGGCGAUCUAUAUCCAAGGCUUACAUGCAAUUCAUCGCACGUUCUCCGCCAUGCGCGAUUCACACGGACAUGUCAUCAACCACACAAGACUAAAAGGACCAUAGUGUUCCAGAUCGAUUCGAAGGGAGUGGAUGAUAUCGUCCAUACCGGACGAAUUCUGAAUUCCUGUCCACAACGAUUUGAACUUCUGGCUCCGUCGUGACCAUAGGUGGACGAGGCACCAAGAUAGUCAGUGUGAUCACGGCACCACACGGAAUGAUAGCCGGCGGGACGCGACUGGCAGUACAGCUGCUGAGGAGAGCGGGCCGCAACAGGACCGUCCACGGAGCCUUUUUCCUAAUUGUUCUGGGAGGAUUCCUGUUUGCUUUUCUUCAGCAAGAUGGAAUUAUUCAUUACCUCAUGUCACCCAAAUCGGGAAGAGUUUACCGGCAAAGCACAGAGGCGGUUUGGAACGUCAUGAAGUCCCUCCCGCGUCCCAAGCCCGUUUACCCGCUCAUAGACUUGGAUUUUUACAUGCCUUCCCAGAAAAUGCUCUUUAACCGCACUCGCAUCGUGACUGCCGUGUCGUCAAAUCAUUACCCGGAGAUGAAGAAGAUGGUGGCCACUGUUCAGAUGCACAUGCCGAGCACCAAGAUCGUCGUCUACAACUUGGGUCUGACCAAGACGGAACUCCACACGAUUUCGAGAAUGUGCAAUGUCGAGGAGGUUCGAUUCUUCAACUUCGCCCAGUAUCCACGGCAUGUGAGAAAUAAGCUGAACUAUGCAUGGAAACCGCUUAUCAUCAGGGAAGCGCUGUACGAAUUCGGAGCCAUUUUCUGGGCGGACUCGUCGAUUCGCUUCAAGAAGAGCAUCCUACCCUUAUACCGCUACCUGAAAGAUUUCCACGGUUUUGUGCCCAUGGUCCUCACGUACGAACCGAACAGGUUUUCAAACUACAAUAAGACCCAUCCCGACAUGUACAGAUAUCUCGGGGUGGACCUGGACAACGAGUACAAGAACUUGAGAAGCACGCCAACGGUGCAGGCAAGUCGCAUCUUUUUCGUGAACAGCUCGUACAUCACCGAGAAGCUGAUCCAGCCCUGGGUGGCCUGCGCCCUGGCGCUGGACUGCAUCGCGCCCAAGGGAAGCCAAAACCCUCACCGGAGACCCGUGGCUGGGUUUCACGAACAUCGCUACGACCAAUCAGCACUCGGGAUUCUCAUCUACAAGAACCUAAGAGGUUUAUUCAAGAAGGGCAACGGUGCACAGAAGGCCUACAUUUCGGUGUCUGCGUUUCGGAAUAACAACAGAUAUUUUGGAGAUGUUCAAAAUGUCACAUUUUGUGACUGAAGGCAGCAUGAGAUUGAGCCGGAUACUUCUAGUCUGUACAAGCUUUGUGUAACGUUUAAAGUUUUGCCAAAGGCGACUGUAGAGAUCGUGUAUUUUUAGUAUAAGUUAGUCAUUAAAAAAAAAUUUUUUAUUGUACAUUUAUUUUAGUACCAUGCAUGCUUUUUAAUAAAAUAACUUUAGCAAAGUCAAUCAAUUUUACCAAUAGCUUUUUUAUUCGACUGUUUUCUAUUGUAAUUUUCAGCCUUUUAGAUGUGUCAUGUCACAAAACUUAUAUAUAUAUUAGUGUAAAUAAUAAUACUCUUGAAGACACCUUAUGUAAAUACAUAUAGAUUUAUAUACAGUUUAAAAGAGAGGACAGCUCAAAGUUUGUGUUAGGAAAACAAUAGGUAGAUUAUGUUGAAAGUGAUAUACGCUUUCAUUUACGAGUACUCAGGUAUAAUUACUUCUUAUUUUACAGGAUCAUACGCAUAGGCCCGCAACCGGGCUCACGGCCUGCCCCAUUGUAGGGGCCUAGCUCCCACAAAAUGGUUUGGGCCGACACGUGACAACAAGCAUACCCUCCCCGGUCCCCCACUUCCCUUCUCCCCCGGUCAAUGUUGUUAUCUCCAGCUGGAGCACAGUCCGCGCAAUGAGAGACAACAUUGACCGGUGGCCGGGGGAAGGUGGCCCAGCGAGCUUAGGCCGGGAUUGUAGCUCCCGUAAAAAGUGUUACCACACACUAUACGUUUGUGUUUCAUGGAUUGCCCGUGCUCUCCAACUAAUUCGAAGUUUCUCUCCAAACGAAUUUUGAAGGAGGAAUGCUUUAAGAAAAGUGCCUACUCUUCCUUAUUUUUUGAUAGAAAUCUGCAAUCCUCCGGGGAAAAAGGCUUUAAUUUCGUGCACAAACAGAUCCGUCAUGCGAGUAGACUGGUUCCCGAUCCCUCCAUUGUCGAUUCUGAUGUGGGCGGGAACAGCCUGAACUAAAUCAUUGCUUUGCCGGACCGCAAAUAAUUAGAACAUUAUUUUGUAAAGCAUUUACAUUGUAUUCAAUAACUAGGCGUAUAGACUUUUUUUGGUUCGAUGUCUCAUUCAAAAUAAUGUAGGCCUAUUGUUAGGGAAAAUAGCAAUUGAUUUUUGUAUGCUAUUAAAUUUAAAGUGUCAAGUGAUGAAAGUUUGAAUUAAAUAUAUAUUGAUUUGAUUUCAUAA